GGCGGCGGACGCAGAUCCCACUCGGCACGGCUCCGAUCCCGACUCUUCUGGAAAGUUCGGGCCGGUCCCGCAGCCCCGCCGCUUAACAGCCGGCCCCGCCCCGGAAGUCCUGCCCCACCGCGAGCCGGGCCUGGGCGAGUGGCCCACCAAUGGCUGAUGGGGAGGGGAAGGGGCUUGGCCAAUCAGCGUGCGUCUCCACCGCCCGCAUUGAGCGCGGACCCCGCCCCGCCCGGCGCGGGCCGUGGCGUCCCUGCCCAGAGUCUGCCUCGCCCUGCGCCUGCGCGCCGGGCCCCUCCCGCCCUCGGAGGCACCGAGUUGCGCCGGAUACGGAGCGCCGACCCGGCCGCCGCCUUCCCGGCACCACUUCGCGCCUUUCCCCCCCUCACUCUACGCGGGCCUGGCUCCGCGCCGCACAGGCCGGCCGACGGCCCGGCCCGCUUCACUCUGCUACGCCUUUGCCAGGACCUAGUGCCCGCCCCCGGCUCCGCGGGCCCAGUGCGCCUGCGCCGGGCCACGCGCUGCGGUGGGAGCAUCUACCCGGUCACGUGGGCGUACCCUGCAGCAGCUGAUUGGCUGCGAAGCGGCGGCGGCGCGAACGUCGCCGGCGCGCUCAGUGAUGCGUGUGUGCUGGCUCGUAGGCAAAGAGAAAUGCACCCAGCAAGUGAAACUGCCACACUUAGAAGCUGUGGUAAUUGGGCGUGGCCCAGAGACUGGGAUAACGGAUAAGAAGUGCUCACGACAGCAAGUUCAGUUAAAAGCAGACUGUAACAAGGGGUAUGUCACGGUUAAACAGAUAGGGCUCAACCCAACUAGUGUUGAUCUUGUGAAUAUUGGCAAGGAUGAAGUGGUGAAAAUGAAGCCAGGCCAAGUUCUGCAUAUUGUAAAUAACCUUUACCCCUACACGGUGCAAUUUACCGAAGAGUCUGGGAAAACUGUUCCAGAAACAGACAAGAUGCCACAUGAAGGCUCCUGUGAGAAUGAUGAUAUAGAGCUUGUGCCCAGAAAAACAAUGAAGUUGGAGGUGGUGGAUACACAAGGCAGUUCUACAAAUCCAAAGCUAAGCAAUACAAGUGUAACUACGCAUGAAGGAACUUCGAGCAGAAAGGAACAUUUGGGACACUGGAGUCAGGGUCUAAAGAGCUCCAUGCAAGAUCCAAAAAUGCAGGUUUACAAAGAUGAAAAGAUUGUAGUCAUCAAGGAUAAAUAUCCUAAAGCACGUUACCACUGGCUUAUCUUACCAUGGGACCCUAUUUCAAGCCUGAAGUCAGUCACCAGGGACCACCUUGCACUCCUGGAACAUAUGCAUGCUGUUGGGCAAAAAAUGAUCGAACAGUGCCCUGCCAGAGAGAGCCUGGAGUUCCGACUGGGUUACCAUGCUAUCCCCAGUAUGAGUCAGCUACAUUUGCAUGUAAUCAGCCAGGAUUUUGAUUCUCCAGCCCUGAAAACCAAAAAGCACUGGAAUUCUUUUACUACAGACUACUUCUUAAACUCUCAAGAUGUGAUAGAGAUGGUAAGAAGCAAGGGAAAAGUGAUGGUGAAAGACCAUACCUCUGAACUUCUCAAACUUCCUCUCAGAUGCCAUCGCUGUAAACAACAGCUGUCCACAAUCCCACAGUUAAAGGAACAUCUUCGGAAACAUUGGCCAAAAUGAUUUUGCAAAAAAUAAUCUUUCAGUCUGUCUUCAGAUUUCAAGCCAACACAAAGACUACAAAAUGUUAAUGGAAAUGUAUGUUUAUUAACUAGAGUGACAUGUUGUAAUGUGGGGAAAAGUGGCCUGGAAACAGCAGCAUACUAAUUUAGUAGUAGCUUCAACAAAACCUCAAGCCCUCUUCUUCCUUCCUACUGAAAAUGUAAAUGAAGUGACUUCUGAAAUGGAA